AACGCGCUUAGGCCCGCAGCGGAAGUGACGUCAUACACCGGCGCCGGAAGUGUUCUUGCAGAACGGGACCUUGAAGUUAGGGACGCUAGUGGGCCUGCGGCAGGCGUACGGUUUGGGGUGAGAAGUUUCCCGGCUUUAGUAAGCGGUCGUUGCUAUGACAGCCCAAGGGAGCCUGGUCGCGAACCGAGGCCGGCGCUUCAAGUGGGCCAUUGAGCUGAGCGGGCCUGGAGGAGGCAGCAGGGGCCGAAGUGACCGGAGUAGUGGUCAGGGAGACUCACUGUACCCAGUCGGUUACUUGGACAAGCAAGUGCCUGAUACCAGUGUGCAGGAGACAGACCGGAUCCUGGUGGAGAAGCGUUGCUGGGAUAUUGCCUUGGGUCCCCUGAAACAGAUUCCUAUGAACCUCUUCAUCAUGUACAUGGCAGGCAAUACGAUCUCCAUCUUCCCCACGAUGAUGGUGUGUAUGAUGGCCUGGCGACCCAUUCAGGCACUUAUGGCUAUUUCAGCCACUUUCAAGAUGCUAGAAAGUUCAAGCCAGAAAUUUCUUCAGGGUUUGGUCUAUCUGAUUGGGAACCUGAUGGGUUUGGCAUUGGCUGUUUACAAGUGCCAGUCUAUGGGAUUACUGCCUACACAUGCAUCAGAUUGGUUAGCCUUCAUUGAGCCCCCUGAGAGAAUGGAGUUCAGUGGUGGAGGAUUACUUCUGUGAACCUGGCCUAUGUAUCCGCUUCUCAUGUACAUCCUUCUUCAGUCUCCAUUGGCUCUUAAGCACACCCUUACAGUGAUCACUGAUGUUGGAAGAACCAAUAGCUGUUUUCCCCUGGAGAGACAGCUUCCAGAAGGACAAUGUGCAUAUUACUGCUGUCAUAAAGAAAUUGUACCACAACCCCUGACUGAAAAUAAUGUAGAAAACUUUAUUUAUGUUUCCAAUACAGAGCAAAACAAACAUGACCAGAACUCUAUGUAAACAAAAGAACAGUUGCUGCUAAGUCAGUAACUAUAGCAGCAUUUCAAUAAAUUAAAUGGUUGAGAACAAUGCUUAAAAAA